CAUGAUAUAUCUAUCUUCUUCUUUUUUCCGUUUCGCUCCUUAAUUAUCGCCACCUCGCCACCUCGUCGGUACAGCGCGCGAUCUGCCAUUAUUCCACCCUCCUCCUCCUCACAGCUUUCCAGUGCGCGGUGAACAAAGUGGUGUUAUCGUCGCGUUAUCGCCGGCACGCACGUCCAGCCGCCACCUCGCCGGUGCUUAACAAAUGGAUAAUAAUAAGGGGCCGUCGACGAGCCGCGAUUUUCUGGGAUGGUUUUACAUCCACGCAUCGCGCUGCUGAUCACGACGGGCAACAUCUGAGGAAGAGCAGCGGGGUGCGUGAGAUCCAUCAAGAUGUCGUCGAGCGUGACAUCGUUGCACGAGGCCACGGCGGCGACGGCGGAGGCAACGGAGCUGGACAGCGACGGUUCGAGCUGCGGCGAACGCGACGUCUGGAAGCGCGUUCGCGGCGAUCCCGCCGACGCCGGGCCCAAGAAGCGUCGGAAGCAGACCACGCCGGUAAGAGUCUCGUCCGGCCUCGCGGGCGUGCACGAGGAUGCGCGCGAGGACGAACGCAGGGACGAGGACGUCGAAGGUAAGCCGUCGUCGCGAUCGCCGUUGCUGAGCAACGAUCACCACCACCAACAACACCACCACCACCAUCACCACCACCACCACCAUCACCACUCGCCGUCGUCGAAAGACGAGAAUCUGAACAACGAGUUUCGCUGCCAGCACUGCGGCCGGCUCUUCGACAGCGACGAGACGCUCAAUGUCCACGUGGACGGCGAGCACGGUGGCGGCGCGAGUCAGGUGACGCCGGCUGUCGCCAUCAAGGUAGAGCCGGCGCAGCAGCUGGACCCGACUAACGAGGGUCCCGUUAGUCUCUUAAGCGUUAAGAACUUCGCGACCACGUGGCUGGCGCCCGGCAGCCAGCAGCACGUGCAGUCGCAGACGCAGAUGCAGUCGCAGAGCGACGAAUCGUGGUCGGGCGGCCCGGUAAAUCAGAUCGUCACGAUGACCAAUCACUUACAGGCGCUCUCGAGUUUCCCGGGUGCCCUCGCGCAGUAUCUACCCCUGCCAAGUUUUCCCUUGACCGAUCCUCAGCUCCCCAGAUCCUCCCUCGGUCCUGUGCCGGUCAAGAUUUUCAAUCCGGACGCGUAUUGCGACAUGUGCAACAAGGAGUUUUGCAACAAGUACUUCCUGAAGACGCACAAGGCCAACAAGCAUGGGAUCUACGUCGACUCGCCGACGCCAACCGUGGCUCUAGAUUCCGCCAAUGUCGUCGUUGCCAGCGGCGUGUUCGGCGCCGCGAACUUCCCCGCGGGUAAUGCGAGUGUGAAACUGGAGCCGCCGGCGACUCCGCCGCAGAAGCGUUUCCGCAACGAGGAUCCCGCGAGAAAGCACAAGCUGAAAACGCACAAUGAGUCGCCGACAGAUCAGCAGACGGACAACCAGCAGAUCUCUGUGUCGCAGAACGAGGAGGACCAAGUGACGCCGCGCGACAGUCCCGGCGGCAUGGAAGCGCUUAUGAAGCAGGAAUAUGGCGUUGAACAGGAAGAUGCGACCUUCAUGCCGGCCCCGAGACACCUCUCGCCCCAGUCCAUCCAGCAAGCACGCGAUUCCGGUUUCAGCGUCGAUCUUCUGCGUCAUCUGGGCGUCAUAAAUCCGGAAGCGUUCUGCGAGAUCUGCUGCAAGGAGUACUGCAACAAGUAUUUUCUGCGCACGCAUAAAAUGAAACGGCACGGCAUCGUCGUGCAGGACAACGAGAAAUCGCCCGGCAAUCCCGGCACGGCCGUCGCCACUUGGCACCAGGUGCAGACCAGUCCGCUGAACUUGAUCGUGUCGGAAGCUGCCGCGACGGGUGCGGAGUCCAACGACCGCAGCGUCGAGGAGCACGAGUGCAAACCUUGCGACAUUCGUUUCCAGACGAUCGGUCUGUAUCAGGCGCACUGCAGGAAGAUGCACGAGACCGAGGAACGCGGUUCGCCGAAGCAGGAAUACGAUCUGGACGGCUCCGAUCAGCGUACCGAAUCGAUCUCGGAGGAUCUUCAGAAGCUGCAGACUAUGAUCAUGCAGCUGAACGGUCUGGAUUCCGGUAAGGGAUUAUCCUGCGCCGUGUGCGGCAGGGAAUGUGACUCGAGGUCGGCUCUGCGCGUUCACAUGGCGACCGAACACGGUGUCACCGGUGACGAAGCCUCGUCGCCGCCGCAGAAGUCGCCCACGGUAAUUUCAACUAUUUUCUGCACUCUCUGCGAGAAGGAUUAUCCUAGCCAAGACGCACUGAGGAGACACAUUAGCGAGGAACAUCAACCUAUUGUGUCCAGCGCUAUCACUCUGCCGACACUGCCGCCAACGGUAAUCGCCUCUUCCGCCAGUUCGACGCCGACCAGUCAGACUCCGAGCGGCCAAACGACGAUAAUGACGACGACGACGACGACGACGACGACGACGAUGACGACGACGGAGAGGAAGGUGACGUCGCUCACCCCCACGUCGAGUUACUGUGAGAUCUGCAACAAGGAGCUGUGUAACAAAUAUUUCAUGAAGACGCACAUGCAACGGAUGCACGGCAUCGAGAUCGAGAAUGGCGCGCAGAUCGGCGGCGUCAUCUGCAACAUCUGCAACAAGGAGCUGUGCAGCAAGUACUUCCUGCGGGUUCACAAGCACAAUACUCACGGGAUCGUCGACGAGAACACGUCGUCGGGAUCGACGUCGAACAAGCAGGAGACCUUUGACGCUCCCAGCGCCGAAGAUCCGACACUGAAACCGGAGCAACUGAGCGAUCUCAGUCACAGAUACUUCACCCACUUCACCGAGGUAUGUCCGAUCUGCAGUCGAAGGUUCCGCAGCAUCAAGUGGCUGAAGGCUCACUUGAUGAGCGACCACGGAAAAGCAGGGGUCGACAAAUGGCACGAAUUGGAGCAGCAGUAUCAAGCGACGUCCAGAACCAGCGGUAGAAGCGUCGCUUCAGCGAAGAACACGCAGCCAACGUCGAAUCUGAAGAUUCCCAAUGGUUUCGAGGUCGCCCAACAGGCCAAGCCUGUCGAUUACACGAGUCUGGGAAAUCAGAUGCUGUCGAAUCUCCUCGGCUCCUCGUCCGAGGAACCUCAACUGAAGAACUAUCGCUGCGGCUACUGUAACUUUACGACCCCCGUGCUACCCUUUCUCUUUCUUCACGAGCGGUCCCACGUGAGCUCUCAGGAAAAUCUCGAGGGGGAUCGUGCGCUGCAAUGCCCGAUCUGCUCGCACGACUUCCAUCAGCCGGAGCUGCUUCAUCAGCAUCUGCUCGCCAAGCAUCAGUUCCCCUCUCUGUUGUCGCAAUUCCAGCAUCCUCUAGUGAAUAAUUUCAGAUCGGACAUCGACGUCAAAACAAGCGACGUCAAGGACAGAGCUGAUCAGGAUUCGAAAAACGACCGCGUGGGAUGCAGUCCGCAAACCGAUCGGAGCGUGUCCGAGCCCGCGAGAAAUGCGUCUUGCCCGCGGCAGGACGAAACCGCGGUGCAGGUGACGCCUCAGGGUGUGUACAAGUGCGCCCAGUGCGGCUACGCGACGACGAAUCUGAAUCGCAUUAAGAAACACGUGCGGAAGGAUCACAAGGCGAUAGGCGAUCCGACGGAGAGCGUGAUCGCCGAGCUCAGCAAGACCCUGAAGGACGUGGCGAACAAGCAGAAGAUGCCGGCCUGUUACGCGAUGCCGCAGGACACGAACCCCGACAAGACCAUCAUGCAGCCGUUCCUGAUCGAGGAGCAGGAUCUGAUGCAGGUGGGCGCCGAGUCGAGCUCGGCGAAGAGAUUCGCGCCGGCUCUAGUCUACUUGCCGGUCAAGUCCAGAAUCGGCAACGCUCUGACCGCCUCCUUCACUCUCACCCCCGCCUGAAUUUAGAUCGCGAUCGCCUUACAUCGCACGUCUUAAAAGAGUACGGGCGGCAGCAUCUGCAUCUGCGACCUGAGCACGUGGUAUCGGUUCCUAUUUAUCGUGUAAGACGGCAAGUUUUAUUUUACACUAUAAUAACUUUGACGUUCCAUUAAUUUUUACAUAUCUUUAGCGACUAUUGCAGGCUUUCCUAUAUUAUCCGAUUAGUGAAUCCCUCUGAUUCCAUGCUGCGAAUUUAUGGAGAACGAACCUAAAAAUAGACGAUACCCAGACGAGAUUAUUCUUCUCCUUCGAAGCUAAUUUUGCAUCGUGCAAAAAAUAAUUCUGAAGCCAUUCAACGUCUGAGAAGAUGGUCACUAUAAAUAGGAAAAAGUUUUUGAAUUAUCUUCUUAGACAUUAAUCAGUUCAAAAUCCAUCUUUCACUGUGCAAUGUUAUCUUUGUAAGAAGAUAAUCCCGUCUGACGGUAUUUCGUUCCAAAACGCGCCGUUGCGACGCGAGAUUGCUCGUUUUUUUUUUUCGCAACACGUCAACUCGAAAUACAGGGAGAUCGUCCUGAAGCAACAAGGAGUAGGACACAUUUACACGUAUUUUAUUUCGAAAUGGUUCUCGAGGGCGACGAAUUUAGCAGACCGAAACGAUCUCUUUUCGGAAAGGAAAAACCUUCCAGAAAAAUAACGAGACGAGAUUGUUAUUAUUGUUCUAAGUAUAGGGAACAUACUCGUUAUAUAAUUCUUGUAAAUAUUUAAGUGUAACUAAUUAAAACACGAACGGGUGAUUGACAAAGUUCCUAUUUUAAACGCGACAGGCUCCUCGACAUCGGGAGGCCUACAUUCUCUUCGCUCCGCAUUUCAUUUCGUCCGUUUUCUCUUGCUUUAGCAUAUCGGUUUUGCUUCUGCUCAAGUGAACUAAAAAAAGAAAAAAGAAAUUCGCGCGGAAGAUCGAGCGCGAUCGAUCGAUUGGCAUUAAAACCAUUCAUCGUCUUUUAUCAACUUUCCUUUUCGCGACUGUUCUAGUCAAUAUUUUAUAUAUAAAUAUAUAUAUUUAAUUACGUGAGUAAGAAGAGAGUUUUCUCAGAGAUAGGGAAGAUUUAGAGAGGUAUUUAUCAUACACACGUAGAAUACGCUAGACUCCGAGAAAGCAUCGGACGGCGCUAAUUAGGCGCGACCGCUAAUUACGGGUCGCGACGCGUACAGCCGCGUGGGCGAGAGCGCGAUACAAUGGUAACGGAGGUAUUGGGGUAUCAAAUGUGCAGAGAGAAUCGCCAACCAACUCAGGGGUGGACACAGUAUAACCCGCAACAAAGAGUACAAUCGUAUACACAGCCAACGCAUUACAUAGACUUUAAAUAACUUUUAACUUAUAAUGACGAGAUGUAGCGCGCGUCUCUCGUAAAUGUUCCGCGGAAUAUAUCAAUAUAACGAUCGGCCCCCCGUCCGACCCCGCCUUGGGCGAGGGGGUCGUGAAACGACCAAGCUCGAUCCACUCGAAUAUUCGACGAACGGCCCCCGAUUUAUAUAUGUAUGAGCUACAUACGAGAGCUAUGUAGCGCACUCGGAUUAUUUUAACUAAAAGUUGCCUAGUCUAGUCGGUAAACGCCACGGACGGUCGAGUCCGAGAUUAAAAGUUCCUCCUUGAAAGCUGUUUCGAACCUCGUGCCUUUGCAGCUUGAGAAACCGCGUUACCCGCCAACUUCCUCGUUGUCACGCAGGUCUCGAUAAGAUAUAUCCGAAUGUGACGGGCCAAUCUGUUACGAUUAUAAUAAAUGUGGUUUCUGUCAGGUGUACUCUCUCUCUCUCUCUCUCUCUCUCUUUCUCUCUCUCGAUCGUGUCGUAACCGAUCUCCUCCCCUCGUAACAACGCGAUUGCGAGACUUUUCCUUGAAAAUAAGUUGCGGAUAACUGCGGAAUUGUUUCACGGAAAUGUCCCAUAAAUACUUAUCUCGAAAUCCAUUAGGAAUACAAGCGGUUUAUGACGCGCAAUAUACAUUUUAAUGAUUUCCGCAAAAACGAUUUUAGAUUAUCGUCUGUUUCUAAAAAUAGCCGAAGAGAAUAGAAACGAUUGGAAUAUUCAAAUGUUCACGUAGAGACUAUUAUUGUUUCUGCGAUCGUGUGUGUGGAAAAUCCGUAAAGAUCCUCAUUAGGUUGGUGUCGCGAAAAAGUUUCGGCGAUUUCUUCGUCAGCGCUCGAAUACAAUUGAAAUGCUCGAAAGGGCAGCUGUUGCCCGCAAUGACCACGUUCUCGAUUGCUGGGCGUGCAGCCGUUCUGACCUGCCUAGCUUCCCAAACACGUUUUCUCGCAGCACACCGGUGUGCCUAUCCCUCCACGAUGAACAAACAUGCACGAUGCAUUUCCGCCUACACGACGUCGCCCUUGCUCUAUCGUAAAAUAAUAACUCUGCUUAUUCAGCGCAAUCAUACUCUCUUUACUUACCGAGCAAUAUUUGGAGUGCAAAUAUUAUUUCACCAAAAAAUUAUUUUAAAAAUUUUAGCAGAUUUUAUCUUCUAAUUAGAUAAUUAAAAAAUCUCUUAAAACAAAAAUAACAUUAAUAUCAUAGAGCAAAACGUAAUGAUGGAAAGGACAAAGCUUGUGAACAAGCUCAGGUUUAGAUUAAUUUACAUAUAUCUUCGAAAACAACUGUAUUUAGAUGUUUUUAAAAAUUGUACAGAUACGAAGCUUUAAUUUAAGUUUAAUCAAUAAAUAAUCGUGAUAAUUUGCAAUUGCGUGCCGAAAUUUUCAAAAUUUAGUUUAAAGAGCAAUAUGGCGAGAAAAUAAAUUACGCUCCAUAAAAGUGCUGUCGAGAGUGACGCGCUAGAGACGAUAAAUAACGCGAUCGGCUAGACAUAUAUCGGUUCCCGGUGAAAUGCAACAUUCGGUGCCCGUCGCGUUCCGGUAAUGCGAAUUCGCCGGACGGAUGUCAGAUACGGCAAUGAUUUAUUCCGGGACAAUUUCCAUGGCACGAGCCAUGGUUUUUGUCUCAGGGGCCAUAAAAGUUUUUCCCCGCGCGCUCGCGCAGCUGAAAUUCGAGAACCGCGUCAUUUAACGGGGCAUGGCACACACCGAUGCCGGCCGUUGCCGAAAAUUCAUCUGAAUUAGUAUGCGCGCACGCGUGCAUUAAUAUGACUUAGGGGAGGAGAGAGGAGAGAUCGGCCAUUACGCAGAUCCAUCGAGGGAGUAGAAAUGAGAGAGAGAGAGAGAAAAAGAAAGAUGGAAAAGGAAGAAAUGGAAACGGUCGCUGGACAGAGGGAGAAGGAGCGAUUUUCGAUGGGGAAAAACGAAUUUUUAGCUGGCAUUGUCGUGCCGGCGAGAUGGGCCCGGACAAACGGGCCUCCACCAUCUGGCCUCCCCCUCUGGCGAGAAGGUCAGAGAGAGGAGGAAGGAGGUCGCGACCUUGGCGGGGAUUUUUCCGAAAAAGUUCGAGAACGAAACUACCCGGGAUGGAAAGAGGGGGAGGGGGACACGGUAUCCCAUCCCCCCUACUCCCGCUUUACCCUCGACUUCGCCUAUUUUUCCUGCCCCACGUGCGCGACGCGCGCGGUGACACGCGAAACGCGCACGUCCAUGCAAAACGGCUCUACCUCGACCCCGCUCUUAAUUGUGUCCCAUGCAGAUACGCGUAUUGUGCACUUAAUGGCCCGUGCGCGACGCGUUACCAUCGCGCCGGGGAUGUCGAUUUAAUUAUUAUCGCGAGGAGAGAAGAGGGCACGCGCGCCGAGGGGUGGAUGACAAAAAUCCGGGCGACGUCGGGGAAGCCGUGGUUUUUUCGCGCUCGUCGCUGCAACAAUUUCCGGAUAACAGCAAGCGAUCGUAUACGAAUUAAAUUCUUUGGUGUUUCGGUGCAAGAGGCACAACGGUUACCAGAUGAAAAAUAUGAGAAAAGAUAUUUAUAACAGAUCGAGAUAUUAUUGAAUGUCAAAGCAAUCUACGGCGACGAUGACGAUUAUUAGACAAAUAUUAUACUUUCAUCAAUACUGUUUACAAUAAAUUUGAUAUUUUUAAUUUAAAAAAAAAUUACCACGCGCCAUUAAAUUCUCUCGAAUGAAAAUGUGUCUGCCCCUUCUCCCUCUUUAUCGAGCACCAAAGAUUUAUUCAAAACUAUUAUUCUUUGUUACGGGAAAGUGAAAAAUAGCAUCAUUUGCAUCGAUAUUGGUGUCCAAUUAAAUAUUUUGUUUUCUACCUACAGUAUAUUUAUAUAUAAUUUGGCGGAGUUACAGACGAUCGCUAAUUGUAAUCAGUUAAUCACGAAUGUCGACGUAUGUCGAAGCCGCGGAGCAAGAAGAGAUUAUAACGAAGUUCCGAGAGAAUCUCAACGGCUCGCAUGCCCAAAAUCAGCAUUGCCUUCGUAACGUAAUUGAGCGCAAAAUCAAAAUUUACCCAUAAACCAAACAAAAAUAUGCAAAGUAUAUAUUAUAUAUAUAUUGUUCAUUGAUAUAUAUAUUAUUAAUUAUAUUAAGAAGGUCGUAAGCUAAGUGCAUUUCAUAUGUGAACGAUGCGAACGUGAAUUACGUAUACCUAUGUGUACACCGUGUAAUCCGUGUAUAAUAACAACGGGAGCGUACGGAAAGUACCGCAUUCGACAAGUGCAUACGGUAUAGAGUGUAUAUUUCGUGAAAUUAGGGGAAUUAAUUAGCAUGUCUAGUCAUUUUGGAAGCGAUUUACAAAUUCCUAUACCUGAUCUAGUCACACGAUGUAAUCAAAGCGACGUAUUUCGAUUACCAGCGCAAUCGAUUUUGUCGUUAGACCAAUCGCAUAUAUUUUUUUUUUAUGUAAGACUGCGUGAAACGACGAGAGACACAUUAUUUUUGUUAUUUUAUAUUUUUUUACGUACACGCCUGAGUUCCUGCAAUUA